GCCGUCAAGCUGUCGUCUGAAGCUUUAGAACGGGAGUCGUCCUCGACGUCUUUGGAUCACGUCAGGCUGGCAGUCUCCCGUGUUUCCACACCGCCACCCCCAGAUAUGUCAUGUCCUGUUGCAGAGAAUUGGUGUUAUACACAAGUUAAAGUUGUUAAGUUCUCUUAUAUUUGGACAAUCAAUAACUUCAGCUUUUGUAGAGAAGAGAUGGGUGAGGUACUGAAAAGCUCAACAUUCUCGGCUGGAGCUAAUGACAAGCUUAAAUGGUGUCUGAGGGUGAAUCCGAAAGGAUUAGAUGAAGAAAGUAAAGAUUACCUUUCCUUAUAUUUAUUAUUGGUCUCGUGUAAUAAGAGUGAAGUGAGGGCCAAAUUUAAGUUCUCCAUACUAAAUGCCAAACGAGAGGAAACAAAAGCAAUGGAAAGCCAAAGAGCAUAUAGAUUUGUUCAAGGCAAAGACUGGGGUUUCAAGAAGUUUAUACGGCGUGAUUUUUUAAUGGAUGAUGUCAAUGGACUUCUCCCAGAUGAUAAAUUAACCAUAUUCUGUGAGGUUAGUGUUGUUGGAGACACAGUGAAUGUAUCGGGCCAGUCUAACUGUACACCAGUCAAAGUGCCAGAGUGUCGUCUUAGUGAAGAUAUGGGCAGUCUGUAUGAAAGAACUUCUUUUAGUGAUGUUACAUUAUGUGUAGGAGGUAGAGAAUUUCAGGCUCAUAAAGCCAUUUUAGCAGGUACAAACAAGGUAAAAUGGUUUUUAAAGGCAAUUUUUGGCACUGAGAUGGAGGAGAAGAAACAGAAUCGUGUGGACAUAGCAGAUGUAGACCAAGAUGUAAUGCGAGAAAUGUUACGCUUUAUUUAUACUGGUAAAGCACCUAACUUAGAAAAAAUGGCAGAUGAUCUUUUAGCAGCAGCUGAUAAGUAUGCUCUAGAUCGUUUGAAGGUAAUGUGUGAAGAAGCUCUGUGUUCAAGUCUCACUAUAGAAAAUGUGUGUGAAAUAUUGGUCCUAGCAGACCUACAUAGUGCUGACCAGUUAAAAACACAUGCCAUUGAUUUCAUAAAUAGUCAUGCAACAGAUGUAAUGGAAACACAAGGCUGGAAGACAUUGAUAAUGAGUCACCCACAUCUAAUUGCAGACGCAUUCCGCGCAUUAGCCAGCCAACAGAGUCCACCUUUGGGCCCACCACGGAAACGUGUAAAGCAGUCCUAAAACAUUGACAUGGAUUGUGAUAUAAAACUUUUUUGGGGCUUUCUAAAGGAAUUGCUUUCAUACAUUAGUUACAAAGGAUAAUUGUACAGAAGUUGAGCAUUGAUGCAUGGGGUAUUGAUGUAUCAUACUUGUACACAUUAGUGAAGAUCUGUGACAAGUUCACGACACAUGAUGUAUGUACUGUAUGUGUCAUAAAUAAAACUCUAUCAUUACUUAUAUUUGAAACAUCAAAAUAAUAACCUAUUUAUUUAUAGUUUGACUGUACAGUUGUAUAAAAGAUGUUUAGGUGUGAUAUCAUAACUUCAUUGUUGUUAAAGAUGUAUUAGGACCAUUUGUUCUCAAAUUUUGGAAAUGAAAAUUGUAUAAAAGCCAGAGGUUAAAGCAGCAUGCCUCUUCAUAAUGACUGAAAAUCUGCCGUUGCACUAAUAUUUAAAUACAUAAAAUAAUUGAAAGAAAUCAAAAUAUGUCUUUAAAACUUUUAUAUUUUGACAUUUUUGCUUUGAAAAUAGACAGUUCGCUUUACCGCCAUCAGAAUAUACCAUAAAUUACAGAAUUCUAUCACAUGGGUUAUUUCUAGCACACUUGAUGACAAGGACACUAUUAGGAUAGGAGAUCUUAGAUGCACAUGAUCCGGGAUCAUACCAGACAUAAAGGGAAACAAAUUAAUGACCUUGAUUUCAACUUAAUGGCUGCUUUUCAAUCAUAUUGUCAAUAUUAUCUGCCCUUGUCAUUUACAGCCAUAAUUGUCAGAUGAGCAAUAUAAUGCCAGCAUGGCCCUCUUUAGAUAUAGUGAUAUACAAUCUUACUUGCUCAUGCAACCAUGUGCAUUAAGCUACUUGUUUGUAGCGACCACUUUAUGAUCCCCUGAUCAUUUUCUCUCUUUUUCUUUAAUAUAUUAAGCAGCCACUUUUUCAAGUCAAUUUAUAUGCCUGAAAGAAUUUUGGCAUAUAUUGUUAUGCACAAGGUUGUCUGUCUGAUAGCAGGUUUUCUUGUCCCGUCUGUAUUUUUUUAACCAGUGGUAGGUAAUUCAAACUACUUGGCAGAAAUGUUAACCAUAAUGAGACAAUGUGCAGAGCGCAGGUUAGACCUUUCUCAGGUCAAGGUCACACUUAGUCAUUUUGUUUUAAUAUCAAUUUUUUGUCUGCUCUAUGUCUUUUGAACCGAUCAAAGGAAUUAAAAACUUUUUGGCAGAAAUAUUACUUAUAUUGGGACAGUGUGCAGAGCAUAAGUUUGGACUUCCUACUAUUAAAAUUGGCCCCACCCUGGGGAUUUAUUGAUUUAUAUAGACUUAUGUAGGCGUUUUCUUGUCCAGUCUGUAUCUUUUGAACCAGUGGAAGGAAAUUCAAAGUACUUGGCAGAAAUCUUAAUCAUAAUUAGAUGAUGUGCAGACAGCAGGUUUGACCUUCCUCAGGUCAAAGUCUAGGUCACACUUAGUCAUUUUGUAUCAAUUUCAAAAUUUUGUGUUCGCUCUUUUCUUUUAAACAGAUAGUAUGAAAUUAAAUCUAUUUGGUAGAAAUAUUUAUAUUACUGAGAUGAUGUGCAGUGCGCAGUUUUGGACUACGUCAUGUCAAGGUCACACUGACUCAUUUAAAAUCCUUAUAUAAUUAUUAAUUAUAUAUAUUAUAAAGGGAGAUAACAAUAUAUAUAUAUACCUCCCUUUAUUUUCCAAAAUUUAUUACUUUAUAAUGUUUUUUUGUUUUUUUUAUCAAACUAUAUUUUUAGAUUUUUUUCCUGUUAAGAUUAUAAUAAUUGAGGUGAGACAGUCUUAUUAACAGAAACUGAUUUUACUUGAGAUAUUUAAAUUCAAUUAAUAACAAUAAGUUGUAAAUGAGGCAUAUAAAAUGUCAAUUUUUUAAGGUAAUUUAUCAAAACUUUGGACAUGAAUACUGUUUAGCUUUAUAGCCCUCUGCAUUUUGAAUUGCUGAAUUUUAAAAGCUUUAAAUCAAAGAAGGUAAUAACAACACAUUUUCUUGUGCCCAAAAAUAUUAUUAAUUUUGUUAAGCUUAGAUAUUUUGCAUGAAGCAUCCCUUGUUGACAUCUACAAAAUUUAUAUAAAUCAUACUCCUGGGGUCAAUUGGUCCUGCCCUAGGAGUUGCAUAGAUAGAAAAACUUAUUUUCAUAUAUGUAUUCUUACGUAAAGUUAGAAAUCCCAGAUCUCAGUUAUUUGGCAUGUAUUAUUACAUAGAAGAACCCUGUUACUGUUCUAAAAAUCAUUUCACUGAUAUUAAAAAUGGCUGUGCCCAGAGGGUUGGCGGGGGCAUGGGUAGGUCUGGCACAGUUUACAUGUAUACAGAUUUAUAUAGUUUACAUGUCUUAAAAGUCUUAUCCUCCAACAUACAAUAUGCAGAGCAUAGAUUUUUAGCAUGUAUCAUCACUUUGUAAAAGUAGAAUUAUCAGAUUUAUGAUUGAUGUUUGUGUGAGUAUUGGUGUUAUAAAUGUAAAGGGAGGUAAUAAAUAAGAAAAAAAUAUUUGUAAGCAUAGCAUUUUGAUUUAUUAUAAUUUUUAGGCAGAAUAUUUUGUGCUUUUGAAUUUCUGGUAUAAUAUUAUUUAUAUGUUUCUUUGAAUUUUUAUCAUUUAAAAACCAACUUUAUAGUUGUUUUCAGUCAGUAUAUAUACUCCGUGAUAAUUGCGUGGAGGAAAAUAAUCACCACUCUGUGCUUCAAAAUUAGUUUUUAAGGGCAUGGAUGGUGACAAUGUCUGGGGUCUGUACACAGCUGAAAGCUGUGGCAUAUAUAAUUGUCACUAAGUACUCAUGUGACAAGAGCAUAGCUUUUUGGCAUGUAUCAGUAUAGAUCUUAAUAUUGAUAAUUGAAAUAAAACAUGUUUUGAACAAAUGUUAUAAUUGUGUAUCCUCUCUGUUUAAACAUUAUUUUUGAGUACUUUAAAUUUUAUUUUCACUUUAAACAAAUUUGCAUUCGGGCGUAUAUUGCCACAUUAUGCGGUGCUCUUGUUGCUUAUUUCGAUCACAAGUGUCAACAAUCAAAACCUAAUGCAUGCGUGAAAAUUUUCAUUCCCAAAACAGGUAGCAUAUACAAAUGAAGUUAAAUAUAAUUGUCAUUUGUAUUAUCUAGUAAAAUCAAUAAAACAAAGCAACGCUCUGCCUCUAUUGUGAUGGUGUAUAGGCAUCUCUGAUGAUAUUUAGACUGCGUUGAAUUGACCUUGAACUUGAUCAGCAGUUAAGUAAAUUAAAUGUUAUUUGACAUAGUUUGUUUAUUUUAAAUGAAAAAUUGCACAACAGAAAGCAUAAACACUGAAUUGACAAGAAAAGAUAUGGAGGGGUUAAAAAAUUAUGGAAAAAUAUUAAACUUGUACGUAAUGGAUCAAAACCGUUUUGUUAAUGAAAGUCAGAAAGUCUUUUUUAUAGCACAAAGUGCUCAAGGAUACCUUCUGUGAUCACAAUUUGUCCAGCGUGCAUCUGUCAUCAACUUUUGUACAAACAAUUUCUUCUCAAAAAUCACUGGGCCAAAUUUAAUGAAAUUUUCCUGGGAUGUUCCUAGCAUGAUGUUCUACAAAUGGUUCUGCUCCAUUUAACAUCUGGGUCAGAAGGGCUAAAAAUUGAUUCAUAAGAUGUUAUCUUUAAAAAUUCUUCUCUGAAAGUGCAAGGACUAGAGCUAAGAUAUUUUUAUGUGUACUGGUUCGGGACCACCAAAACCGGACAACCACCAAACCCAGACAGCCCCGAAAAUGCUUGAUUUAGUAUUUUCUUUGUUCAUUGGUUGUCAGUCACUUUUUUAUCAACAAGAAAUGCAUGUUUCUUCUAUAAUUAAGUCAAUAAAUUCAUUUCAACCUCCGUAAAUGGUAAUAUUUCAAUGUCUUUUUAGCUCACCUGUCACAAAGUGACAGGGUGAGCUUUUGUGAUCGCUUUUCGUCCUGCGUCCGUCCGUCGUCCGUAAACUUUUACUUUAAAUGACAUCUCCUCAUAAACCACUAGGCCAAUUUCAUCCAAACUUCACAGGAAUGUUCCUUUGGUGGUCACCUUUAAAAAUUGUUCAAAGAAUUUAAUUCCAUGCAAAACUCUGGUUGCCAUGGCAACCGAAAGAAAAAACUUUAAAUAUCUUCUUUUAAAAAACCAUAAGAGCUAGAGCUUAGAUAUUUGGCAUGAAACAUCAUCUAGUGAGUGUCUACCAAGUUUGUUCAAAUAAAAGCCCUGGGGUCAAAAUUGGCCCCACCCCGGGGGGUCAUUGAUUUUCCCUAUAUGCAUAUAGUAAAAACUUAAAAAAUCUUCUUUUAAAGAACCCAAAGAGCUAGAGCUAAGAUAUUUAGCAUGAAACAUGUUCUAAUUGGUGUCUACCAAGUUUGUUCAAAUAAAAGCCCUGGGGUCAAAAUUGGCCCCGCCCCCGGGGUCAUUGAUUUUCCCUAUAUGCAUAUAGUAAAAACUUAAAAAACCUUCUUUUAAAGAACUCAAAGAGCUAGAGCU